GCGAGUGCCCGUGAGUGGCGUGACACGGUUCAAUGAGAAGUUUUACUCUAAUUUUCUAACUAAUGCUGAGUUUUACACGUCCAAUCCUAGUUUAGAAACGGGGCGGGCUUUAGCGUUACCAAGGCAAGUCUAGAGGCAAGUAUAAAGCGAAUAACAUGGUGUCCCAGCGGCUGUUUAUGUUUACUUAAAGACCACAUUGAAAGGGCGUUUUGCAGGACACGCGCGUAUUUUUCUUAUAGAUACACUGUCUAUUUUUGCACUUUAGUUUUUUAUGUCAAAAUUUAGUGGACGCGUGGCAUGUGAAUCUCAUCUGUCACUAAUGUGCCAGUCUUUCAAAUGGAAACGGGGCUUCGCUUUGGAAACGUGAGCAUUUCCCUGGUGCUCCUGCUCUUGCUGCUGCUCAAAGCGCUCAUCGGACCCGGCACGUCGCUGUCCACCACCGCGGGGACGCAGCUGCCUUCCUCUAACACCCGGGCUGCAGGGGAGCAUGGGGUGAGGAGAGCCAUGGAACAACCGCAGCAGCAGGGGAGGGACUGGGCUGAGGACGACAGCGAAGCCCCGGUGUUCGGACCAGAUGUAACCGUGGAGGACGAUGAGGUCGGCUCCGCUGGAGAUACCGAAGACUCGUACGCGGACAACAGCAGCAACCUGCAACCAACAAGGUCUCUGGUGAUCAUCAGUACUCUGGAUGGGCGAAUCUCGGCGCUGGACCCUCAUAACCAGGGCAGGAAGCAGUGGGACCUGGACGUGGGCUCGGGCUGCCUGGUCUCCUCCAGCCUCAGCAAACCAGAGGUGUUUGGCAAUAAGAUGGUGAUCCCGUCCCUGGACGGAGCCCUGUUUCAGUGGAACAGGGACAGAGAGCUGAUGGAGGCGGUACCCUUCAGUGUGGAGUCUUUGCUGGAGUCGUCCUAUCGCAUCGGGGACGACACGGUGCUCGUGGGGGGGAAGUCACACACCACCUAUGGCCUCGGGGCCUUUAGUGGAAAGAUCCGGUACAUCUGCUCAGCUGUGGGCUGCAGUCGUUGGGGUGAUGAGGAGGUGGAGGCAGAGGACGUCCUUCUACUGCAGAGGACCCAGAAGACCGUGAGAGCCAUCAGGCCGCGCUCAGGCACCGAGAAGUGGAACUUCAGUGUGGGAAACUUUGAGCUGAAGCUAGUCCCAGAGGCUCGGUCUGGGAUGAACUUGCUCGAGGGCGACGGUGAAACAUGGAAAGAGUAUCCAAAGUUUAUCAUAGAUGAACCAAAUGGAGCAGAACAGGGUCAGGGGUCAAACCAGAACCUGGACCUGGUUAUCAAAGUGUCUGUGCCCGACUGGAAAGUGAUGGCAUUCAGCCCCGAGCCCGACGGAGAGCUGGUGUGGGAGAGACAGUUCUGUACCCCGAUAGCCUCGGCCUGGCUGGUUGGAGGGGGGAAGGUCACACCCAUCAGCCUGUUUGACGACACGAGCUACAGCAGUCGCUCCGAGACUGAAGAGGAAGACGACAAUGAAGAUGGCAACAGUGGAGAGACGGAGUCCAGUGUUUACCUUGGGAUGUACCAGGGACAGUACUACCUCCAUUCCUCAGUAACAAUCACGGAAAAGUUCCCAUCCAAAGCCAUAACAUCAGAAAAAGACUUCGCUCCUCUUCCCACUGUCAAAUGGAAGCCGCUGAUCCAUUCUCCAUCUCGGACACCUGCACUUGUCGGUUCAGAUGAGUUUGACAAGUGUCUGACCAACGAUAAGUUUUCCCAUGACGAAUACAGCAACGGAGCGCUGUCCAUCCUGCAGUAUCCUUAUGACAACGGCUACUACUUCCCGUACACUAAGCGUUACCGUGAAAAGCGAGAGACAGCGGUAAGCCUGAUCGAGGGCAAAGGGGCGGGGUCAGAGACACGGCGCCGCAAAGACCCGGUGCUACUACUGCCCUGGUGGAAGGAGAUCAUCGGGACCAUCAUCUUCUGUAUUGUCGCCACAACUUACAUCGUACGCAAGUUUUUCCACCCCUCUGCGCCUAUCGUCAGUGUCCGGCAACGCAAAGAGUCGGAAACCCAGUGCCAGACGGACUCCAAGUUUGACCUUGAGGUAGUUGAGACCAAAGAGACCGUCGCCGUGGAAACAAGAUCCUGCGAAUAUGUGUCAAGGUAUCUGACAGAUUUCGAGCCUGUUCAGUGCCUUGGCCGUGGGGGGUUCGGUGUUGUGUUUGAGGCUCGCAACAAGGUGGACGACUGCAACUAUGCCAUCAAAAGAAUACGUUUGCCCAGCAGGGAGCAGGCGCGUGAGAAGGUGAUGCGAGAGGUGAAGGCCCUGGCUAAGCUGGAGCACCCAGGGAUCAUCCGCUACUUCAACGCCUGGCAGGAGAGUCCCCCUGAGGGCUGGCAGGAGGAGAUGGACCAGCGCUGGCUUAAAGAUGCCAGUGCCACAGAUUGGCCUAUGAGUUUCGUCGACCACAUGGAGGCGCUGUCGGUCAAAGUGCCUGUGUCCAGCUCGGUGACCCUGGCCUCUGUUCCUGUGGGAGAUGGAUUGGAGGUGUCAUUGGAUACGAGGGGUCUCCUGUUGAGCAGCACAGGGCCGGGGGUGGGCUUCGGACUGGAUGAGAGCGACUUGUCCUUCCACCCUCUGCUGGGACAGGACAGCCUCAUGUCGGAGCGGGACAGUCAGGCAGAUGUGGACGCAUCAGACACCCCACACUCCUUUGAGCUAUGCCCCCCUCGCGGCCCCUCCGACUGCACCUCUUCCUCUUUUGACAUUGUGUUCGAGGACUCGGGCUGCGAUCGGGACGCCGAUGCAGAGACAGACUCUACGUCAGGAGCCACAAGUCCCCCAGCCACCACCAAAAACAGCACCGCAUCAUCGACAAGGCAACGGGAAGCCAUGCCCUCCUCCUCCACUCCGCCACGCCCACUUACUUUGGCCCUGCCACCAGCUCUGCCGCAACGCACACAGCCCUCACCAAAGGUGUACCUUUACAUCCAGAUGCAGUUGUGUCGAAAGGAGAACCUGAAGGACUGGAUGUCCCAGCGCUGCCUCCCAGAGCAGAGGGAGCACAGCCAGUGUCUGGACAUUUUCCUCCAAAUCGCAGAGGCUGUGGAUUUCCUGCACAGUAAAGGGCUAAUGCACAGAGACCUCAAGCCUUCAAACAUCUUCUUCACCAUGGACGACGUGGUGAAAGUCGGAGACUUUGGUUUGGUCACAGCCAUGGACCAGGAGGAGGACGAGGAUGAGCCCUGUGCCUUGACCCCUGCACCGCUCCUCACUCGCCACACGGGGCAGGUUGGCACCAAGCUCUACAUGAGCCCGGAGCAGCUCUCUGGAAACUCAUACUCUCACAAAGUGGACAUCUACUCUCUGGGUCUGAUCCUGUUUGAACUGCUCUGUCCGUUCAGGACGCAGAUGGAGAGGGUCCGGACGCUGACAGAGGUGCGAGCUCUGCGCUUCCCUGAGGUCUUCUCCAAAAACAAUGUCCAAGAGUUAAACAUGGUGCGCAGCAUGUUGUCCCUGAGCCCCGGGGAGCGUCCCGAGGCUGUAGACAUCACUGGGACCCCUCUGUUUCAGGAGCUGGAGCUGCCCUGUCGCCUGGCCGUCCGACAGCGCUCACGCACCUACAGCGCCUCUUCUAUGGGACGUCCAAACAGACAAAUCUCCUCCUCGUCCUAAACAAAUACCACGUCCCAGUAGACAAGAAAUCCCCCAGCUAUUUUGUCUCACCUCCUGUUACAUAAAUAUGAUCAACAAUAUUUUUUUCUACGCAAUAGCCAUUGAAAAGUACUCCACAGACUUGGCAAGUGCGUUUUAUUCCUCAAGGAUAUUUUAAGAGGGAAGCAGAUGGGCUGUGUUGACUGGAGCCCUCUCUUCAAUGAACAAGCGUGAUCAAAGCAACAUAAUGAAAACUGAAUACCUCCGAAGCAUCUGAUUAUUUUGUAUUUUUUUCCACGCUGAGGGUCAUCCUUGCUAAAAUAGAGAAGAUCAGUCUGUCUCUUUUUCUGUAUGCCAUUUAUUUACAAAUGCAUAUUGUAAUAUUGAUAAGUGAGGACAAUCUUUUAUCAGUAAUGUGUAGUGUAAUGCCUUAAGUCUUUUUGCUUGACCAUACUGUUUGGCAUUGAAGUAGACCUAAAAUUUCAACAAAAUUUUAUGGAAAAAGUUAGUUGUUUUACGAAAUUUAGAGUGAAAAUGUCAACUAAUCUAAACAUCUCAUAUCAACAUAGUGAGGACAUGUCUUUAAAGGUACAGUAUGCAACUUUUUGGAGGUGGCUUGUUGAAAAUUAUAGCAAAAGGAUCAACAUUUCCAUGGAAACAAGCUUAGUUGGGUUUGUGGAGAUGGACACCUGCAUAAAGAAGAACAUGUGUUUUUUUUUUUCAGUGCAGUCAAAAGUUACAUACUGUGGCUUUAAAGAGGCUGACAAAAUUAGCUCUCGUGGGAGUUUCAUGAGCGUACAAAAUUGUCUAUUUUUUAAGUAACUGACCAACACUAUUUGAAUGCAUAUGGCAAAGCUACACUAGAAGAGACAGCACUUAUCUUUCUCUGUCGCCACUUUUGAAAUUAUUAUUUGAUCCCAGUCGGCCACAACAAACAAAUUCACUGCUCUCUUCCACAAACCUCCUGCCAGUGUCCACCCCCAAAGCCAAAUCCUCAGGAACCAAAACAAACCUGUAGUGGGGCCUUGAAGCUUGGACCAUCCCAAACUAGUGACGCUAAAGAUGAGCUAAAUCACUGGCACUAAAGCUGUGAGCUACACCUGCAAUGCCUGAUGGGAGACCAAAACUUUUUUCUUAUUUUUCUAAUCGAGAAAUGGUGGUUUGUAAAAUUUCUGAUAUAAUUUGCAUUUUCUUUCAUAUUUUUUGCAUGGACUUGAUAAAAAGAGGACAGAGUCAUUUCUAAAGCCAGUAAUUUGGACACUGUUUGAACAAUGACUUUUUGAGGUGCUCAAUCAUUCACAAACACCUCCUUUUUUGGAUCUUUGUACAGAAUGAAAAUCUGUUUAUAAGUUUUUCUUGUUAAAAUAAUUUUCCAUCUUUGCUGUAAAUAGCCUGAGAAUUGCUUGUAAAUUGACUUUUCCCUCAGAACUGUAAGAUAGUUUGACUUUUGUAGGAGAAGAAACGGGACAAUUUUUGCCAUUAACAGAUGAGUUGAAUGUUGCAGCGCCCUCCGGAGGUUGUGAUCAUAACUUUUUCAAUUCAGUGUUUUUUGGAAGGAGCCAGAGGAAACCUGCAGGACCAGAGUGCCAAUCGAGAGACAGACAAGUGUACUUUACUGUAGAUUCACUUCACUCUUUCUAGUCUGAAGAAUACUUGGAACAUUUGAAGUGGGGUUGUAUGAGGUACUUGUUUAUUAAGUCAGUAAGCAUCGAAAGGAGAAUGAAUGUUCAUUUCCUUAUAUGGUCAUCGCUUUUGCCCUAAAUCAACAAUAGUUUUGCAUAACUAAUUACUGAACAAAUUUGUUUUUUUCCAAGCAAUUGACAGAGACAAAACUAUAUCCAAUUAGAUAUAGCCGUAUACAACUGUUCUGCUUUAGUGAAACAUGGCUGCUAUUUUAGCAUUCAUAAAUGUAUCGGAUAUUUGCACCAAUGCUGAAAAAUGAGCUGGAUCGGACAUAUAAAUUGAUGUAAUAAGACAAUUUACAAGUCGCAGUUGGCCCAGAAAAAUCUAUAGCUUUUAAAUUUUUAUUUAUACAAAGUUGUUCUGUAGUUACAUCAGGGAUAGAUAACAGCUCCAUAAAACAUUUGGAUCAGUUUUGUCAUAUUUUCUUUUUGUUUUAAAGAAAUAAAUGCAUUUUUUUUUGUCGCUGCACUGGUAUUGGCAGAUGGUUAAAUCCAUAGAAAAGCUGGAUUGGUGCCUCCCUAAUAAUUUUCUGUUGAUAUUAAGCAUUUAACAUCCCAAGGCUAUAUUUCUGAAGUACAUAAGUAAAAUGUAUGGGCUUGAUUUGAGAAAUAAUGUGAUCUCUAGGACAGUUACCAUAGCAGUUAACAUUUCAAAAGAGAAUGUUUUAAGUUUUAAAUGGUCAUGGUUAAAAUGUAGUAUAUUGAAUACUAUGCUCCUACAACCCCACUUUAACGCUCACAUGACACUUACCUUGUGCUUCUUCUUAUUCACACUAAGCACAACUCACCACAUGUUGUAGUCUUCAUUUAUGAACCUUUAACAUGGUAGAAAUGGACUGUUUUUGCCUCCUUCAGUUUGUCUACGGCAAACACGGACCUGCUUUCACCUUAAACCUUUUGUUUUGUAUAUACUGAACUGCAAAGACUCAUGGGAAGAGUCACAUGACCUGUUUGUAACCGCACACAAACGUACUUUUCUUCAAUGAUUGUACUUUUGUAAGGAAUAUUUUGGUACGAUUUAUUACUCUUCAGGAUUUUUGAUUACGGUGACGUCUUGUAUGUUUUCCAUGGAGUCAGAUCAUUGAAGUCUUUUGUUUAAGUGUAUAAUCCAAAUUUAAAACAAAAUGUGAACUUGUAACUUGAAUAAUUCCUGUACAUAGUGAGAUGCACGUAUCAGGCAUAACAUUAUGACCACAGAAAUGGGAAGUAAAAUAACAGUUUAUUAUGGCAACUGUUGAUAUAUUUGGCAAUACAUUUCCCCAAAUUAUGCAAGACUUUUUAGGGAGUUUAAUAAAAUAUUUUUGUCAGCAUGUAAUGGUCAGAGCGUCUCAUAGUCUACGGUUAUCUAAAGUUGUCCAAGAAAGUCCAUGUUGGAGUUGCAAUACAAUUGAAUCAAAGUUGAAAUGGUCAAGUAUUAAACUGCAAAGGUUAGUUCAAGUCCACUGCAGAGAACUAAAUAUCCUUAUGCCUCCAUGGAGCCUUAGAUGUCUAAACUACGGAGUUGGCAAGUUUCAAGCAUGUUAUAAAUUGCAUGAUGUUUUUAUUAGUUCCCUUUUCAUAUUUCAGUGUUCUCUUGAAUGUUAAUGCUCCUGGAUCAAAGUGUGCAGUUGAAUAAUGUUGAUUUCAAAGAAUAAAUCACAACUGCAGCAUAUAUAGGGUGUUCUCUGAUCCAAUUGACAAGCUGCUGUUGCUCAAAUAUAAAAGUUCUUAUGUCAGUUGUUAUAGAAAGACAUUACAAAUACAGGUAGUCUUAAUGGUAUGCCUGAGUUGUGUAUAUUGAGUUGGUAAUGCUUGAAAAAUGACAUUGUUUAGAAGGAACAAACCCCUACACUCAAAAAACCUAGUCCUCAUCAAUAAUAACAGACUUUUUGACAACAUUGUUUUAUGUUCCAGAUUAUUUCUUUCUUUGGCCCUUUUAAAAUCUUAAAUGUUGUCAUGUUUUUGUGAUUUCACUCUUCUCUCUCUCCUCGGUCUGGUCAUGUAGUUGUGGCGUUACAUGUGCACAGCAUCCCCUCCCCGUGUCCCAUUGUAAAUAUGUUUAUUUUCACUAUUUAUGUUCCUGAGCCGCGAUCAAUCCUUUGUGGGUUGGUGUUAUAAUGAAUGCGCUUCAGACCACGGAGUGUGUUGGAUUAAUGACUUCUUACAAGUCCGAAUUUAAUAAACUGUUCUAUUCCAUUUCUU